AUGGCUCCCUACAGUUUGAGAACAGCUAUUUUAAUUUUGGCUGCCUGCCGUGCCAGCCACGCUUUGACAGCCACAAUCCUUGCUGACACCAACCGGGAUGGGAAAGUUGAUAUCACGGGAGAUACCGACGCUGUUGGCAAGCAGUCAUGGACAGCGGAGCGAGGAGCUCUCUUUCUCCCCAAUGUCGUGGACACCGACCGCCGUUGUUCAGUAACUGCUACAGACGUGGAGACCAUGCAUCUAUGCCAUGAUGCCACAGACAAUGUCCUUCGGCAGCAAGACUACUUAGCACCCAUCCGUACUGUACCUACAAAAGGGCUGAGUGAAAAUGCAGUUGGUGUUAUCAAUGUGACUGACUCCACGGCCACGGAGUUUGUGCGCAUCUUUUACAAGAACCAAGGAUCAUGGAGCUUCUUGGAAGAGGAUCACAAGUUUACGGCCGCACAACUCAGUGAUGGAUUGGAGCUCGGAAUUGAUGGCCGUGACGUCCGGAGACCUGAAACAUGGGAUGGCAGAGCUACAGUCUAUUUCACCGUCACGGAUGGGGAGGAAUCAGCCACAGACUUUGUUGAGCUUCGAGUUGCGCCAUACCUGACUCAUCAUCAUGUCCAGUUAGCCCAGCAGUCCUUCGUUUCGAACUGGAAUCGCGUAUACCUUCAGCGAUUCGCUGAGGAAUUCGCAACUCACAAUGAUGAUGCCGGGCUACCACAGUCACCCGUCCAGCUCAGUGGCGCGGAUAUUUGGGUGCAAGACUAUUUCGAGACGGGCUACGCAAGCAUCCCUGGCCCCAGUGGACCCAUUGCAAUUCGAAUCAUUCUCCAGUCCAUCCAAAGACGAUCAGCAGGGAGAUAUCUAUUUUCCGAAUUGCGAAAUGAAAAGGUCGGGGCCAUAAACUACCCUCAAUCAUGGGAUUCUGAUCAAACCUACUGGGGGGAGACCUAUGAUUCCACUGGAAACCUGGAAACCAUCCCUCCUUAUACCUACAAUGGUAAGAGCUACCCUGCCGGGCGUAUUAUUAUCGGCGAGGGCGAUACUAGCCCUUUGGUGUUGCCCUUUCUGCAGCUGCAAGAGACUCAAGACCCGAUAAUUCUCGACACCAGCUGGCUUGCAGUCGGUCAUGUUGACGAGUUCAUCCAGUUCAUCCCCGCAAACAACGAGCGUGGUUGGGUCGUCAUGGCAGAAGAUCCUCUUGCUGGAGUGGCGCUUCUCAAGAAAGCUCAGGCGGAUGGCUAUGGCAGCCUGCGUGCUCUCAGCCGCGACGUCUUUACCUACGAUCCCUACGAUGGGGCACAUGCCCCCUGUGUACCUCAGUCCACCAUUGAUUUUGAGCUGGCCAGAACCGACGUGGACCGAGUGAAUCAAUAUGCUGCAGACAAAAUCCAGGCUAACCUGGAGAUCAUCAAGCGAGAAACUGGAAUUUCUGACGCUGAUAUCUUCCGCGUUCCCGGCUUCGUCAGCUCAUCGUCGAGAUGGACUUGCUCCAACUCCUUGGUCUCGUCUGCCAAGUUUCCUGCCACUCAAGAUGACGAUAAACCUCUUGACAUUGUAAAUGCUACUGGAAGCUGGGGCGCCCCGAUCGAGCGUCGUGAGAGUGUGGAGAAAGUACAUGCUCAUUACCCUGCUGCCAUCAAUGGUGUCAUUCUCAGUAACUCCUACUACCUGUCUGCUAAUCCUUGGGGACCCAUCAUUGACGGUGUCGAUAUCUUUGCCAAGGCCAUUGAAGAAUCCUACGCUGCUGUGAACUACACGGUGCAUUUCAUUGACACUUUUUUUACACACCACAUGGGAGGAGGGGAGGUACACUGUGGUUCCAACGUGUGGCGGGAGAUUAAGCCCGCAACUUGGUGGUAA